AUGAAGAGCUGUCCCUUUGGUGCCGCUAUACCUGCCUGGCAGCCCUGUGAGCUGGGCCGUGCCUCCAGAGGCAACACCAGCAUUCAGGUGCUGGAGGUUGCAACGGCGAGCCUUGCCACGCAGGAAGGGCAGGGGAGACUUCUUCGUGAAAUUGGCUGGGGAGUGGGAGGGAAGAAGCUCGGGCCAUGA